AAUGUGUUUUUAGAUAUUAGAUGAUCUGGACAAUAGUCACGUUUUGUAUUGGUUAGCUAUUUUAUGUUAUAUAAUUAAUUUAUAAUAAUUGCAGGUUAACGGUUUUAACAGAAAGUAGGAGUUGAAAAGAAGUACUAGAAUAACUUCAAGUAUACUAAUUAGAAAUUAAUAGUGAGACAGGAUAUGUUUAAGCCAAGCAGACUUAAGGCUUAAAGACUAAGACAAGAUAAAUGGAAGGCUAUCACUAUCAAUCACUCAGGCCCCUGUCACUAUCACUGACUGACUGUAUCGGUUUACACAGCUAUAUGUGAUACAGAUAGUGAGGGAUAGUUUCUGUGAACAUUUUCAUAAUAUUAAUAUUGAACAAAACAAGGUAAUCUUGCAACUCGGGUGCAUGGCGUAUAUUAUUUCUGAUCUAAUUUUGUAUUAUCACAUGUAAACAUAUGUGUUUUCUUCAUUACAUUAAAUCCAGGCAGUGAUAGUUAUCUAGUACUGAAUUAUACAGCGCUUAUUUUCGUUGUAUUUUAUUUCUAAACAUCCCCCGAACUGCCAUAGCCAUAGUUCCAUUUGUUCUUUUAUUUUCACCCUGUUGCCAGAUUUUUUAUCACCUUUAAGUUGGUAUGCUAAACGAAAAGUGUAGGCAUGUUCACAAAUAGAAUAGAAUACAGGGUGGGGUUCGGGGUUUGAACUUAAUUAGAUGUUCCAUUAUUUGAUAGGGGUCCGAAAUUCUUUUUUUUUUUUAUAUGGGGUGUAUAAAUAUAAUUCUGAACAAAGGCUCCUGAGCGGGCAUGAAUGAAUUAAACGAGAUCAAACUUAGUACACAUAAACUUGAUUAUCCACAUUAAAAAACCGGUACUGAAGUUUAAUGAACUCAUAAUUUUAAUUUUUCUAAAAGUAGCCAAUAUACAUGUCAAUUUUAUGUAAAUUAAUUUUGUGAACCUGCUUUUAGUUUGAAAAGUUAAGCAUCAAUAAAUGUUUUUGGUAAAAUUUAAUAUAAAUCAAAUUUCUUGUUUCGUUUUUUUGUGAAUAUGCUUUCAGUUGAAAAAUUGCAAUCUGGCAUGUUGGGUGAAUUUUUUAAAAAGCCAAGAAAAUGGAGAGAUUGUUUAUGCUAUCGACUAUGUACCGAUGGGGGCUGUAAAAAUUAAUAAAAAGAAAAGUUAUUGCUGUAUAAUUUAGUGUUAGUGCUAAAUAAUACUACCUGGACUAAAUUUUAUAAAGAAUACACGUAAGGUUACACACGAUAAUACGAAAUUCGAUCAGAAAUAAUAAUGGAGGUGUACACAAGGGCACAUCUGAUGUAUCUAACACCUCUAUAUUUCUAGCACCAAUAUAGACCAGCAAGAGUUAAGAAUGAAAAAAAAAUUAAUUUAGAUUUUCGGUACCAUACCAUAUUUUAUCAGUGAUCAGUAUCACCAUAUUGUCCAUGCGGCAUAUGGAAUCAAUCAAGAAUCAAAUACUUCCUAGUGAUCCUUUAUUUCACUCCAUUUCUACUCUCAGUUUUUGUUUUUUUAAAUUUUACAUGAAUAAUACUUGGUAUUGCUAACAAACGCACAUAUUCUGGUGAAGGUCUGAGAUUACUCUCUUAUGACCCCUGUUAGUACAUUGGCUAUCAGCUCCAUCUGUUGAGCUGAGACAUAUAACAUUUUCCUCGCGUUGGACUAGGGCUCUCUCGCCACCCUGGCCUCCCCCGAAACAUUUAGUGAGGGACAUUUGGUCAACAGAGUUUCCGGGACCAAGCUGUACCACUGGCAGGUUAAAUUAUGUGUUGAUGGGACAGUGCUCAGUGUGCAUCUGUGUCACUAGACUCUGCUGCCUGCAACCUAACCCCCACCAAGGCAGGGUGGACUGAGGAGUUCAAGCGGCCCGCGAAAAAAUCAAAGCGGCCCGCGAAAAAAAACAAAAAGUGGCCCUAUCUUCAUGACUUUUAUUUUUAUUAUAUCACCGGUCCUAGCGGCCCAUCGGGAAUCGUCCCGGCGGCCCAGUCCACCCCUGCACCAAGGGUCUUGUCUGUUAGGAGACGGCAAGUUAGCCAAUACACUUUGAUAUUACUAGUAUACACCACAGAUUAAUGUAGGACACAUGUUAUGAUUUAGAACAUCUCAAAUUUUAUUUCUAACAAUAACAUAGAGGUGCUUCCUGUUCAGAACAGCAAGCUACAUAAUUUAAAUUUAUUUGUUGUUUAUUGUAUUGUAUGGCGUGCUGAAGAAGGCACCUAGCUGAAACAUCCUCUUAAUUUGUUUUAUCUUUUAUUUUCAAGCCCAAACAUAUCUUGUUACACUAUUUAUUUACUUUACUUGGCUUGAACACAAUCCCUCAUAAAUUAUCCUAAUAAUUGCAAACAAGGUACUAAAAAUAACGAAAAGUUGUUACUAAAUUUUACUGAACAAAUAAGACUAAGAGUAAGAAGAGGUGCAUUAAAACUCAAAGAUGCUCCAUUACAACUAAGAGUAAGAUAAAAGUGCCUUAGAUGAUACAGCACGCUAUGUUGUACAAUGUAUCCCAGCUAUAAUGCAAAGUCGGAUAUAAGGCUGCCAAUGCCAUGAAAAGAUAUAUAUGUCUCACAUCGAGAACAACUCACAAAUUUUCUAAAACUAGUCUCACACUACAUUGACUAAAAAAUAAGUUUAAAAAAUAAAUAACCAAUCGUCCUUCUUUUUAAAAACCACAUCACUGGUCACACAGAAUAUUGAAUUGUAAAUUAAAAUCCUAUCCAUGACAUGAUCUGAUUUUAUGGACCCCUAUUAUUGUCUUAUGGAUUAAGCCUAAUAAUUACAAGGAUUCACAAUCAAUAUAUACUUGUUUUUUCUGACACUACUAUUUUAAAGAUGUAAUUUAAUGCUCUUGUGUCAUAUUUUAGAGUACUAAUAAAUAUGGAAGAAGUUGCGUCAAAUAAGCCAGGAAAGCACCAACUGGAACCAGAUGAUGAGAUCAGUGAAUCAAAUUCUAAAAGAAUGAAAAUGGACUGCCUUCUUCAAGAUGAGAAUAACAUUUCAGUAACUGAUAAAAGCCUACCAGAGUCUCCAGUUCAUGAUCAUGAUGCCGAAAUGCCAUCUUCAGACAAUCAAUUAUCCACUGAAACCAAAUCCAAUGUUCAAGAUGAUGUUGAUGUGACAUCUGCUCCACUUUUGGAUCCUUUGAGUUAUACUAAAGCUGAAGAGUUUACAUCAGAAAUUUUCAAAAUUCAGAUUUACAAUCUUCCCAAAUUUGGUUUUAAUGUAAGUGAUAAGAAUAAAUUCUUUUUUAAAAAAGUUUAUUGUCAGAUUAAACUGGGGUUUUUAAAACUGUCUUUGCUGAAUACAUUGCUUUAACAUUUUGGCUGACUACUGAGCAAACAAAAAAACAAACCUGACAAUAUUUUUUUCCCUGGUCUCAGUUAUUUUAAUGUAAGGAGACGGGACAAAUAUAAUUUGUAAUAAUAGUGUUUAAAACUAUUUAAAGAGCUCUGCAUUUGUUACCUAGACACAACCUGUCCCAUCUAAAUUAAUUUUAUGCUGAUUGUUUGAUCUGAUUGCAAAUAACUCACAAAAAACAGAAAGAAAUAUAUUUAAAAAAAAUUAUUCUAAUAUAUUUUUUUCAUAUUUUCCUGUGACUAUUCAAGAUUCAAAUAUUUCAAGUGUUAAGAAUAACAAAAAAAUUAAUUUUAUUGUAAUUAAUGCACAAACUGCAUUUUUUACAAUUUUUAUACAGUUUUUAAUAUCUGUUUACAUGAUAUUUAAACAAAAUAUUUUUUGCAGGAUCUGAAAAAGCGUUUGAAGUCAACUCUAAACCUCAACCCACACAAAAUAAAACAUAUUAAUAAAAUUUUCGUCACAUAUGUUUGCUUUAAGUGAGUACCAGUACCCAGUAUAUUGAUAAAUACAAGUAAAAACCUUAUUUAAACAUUAUCAUUUUAUUAGAAUGAAUUGAAAUGUCUUGGAAAAUUAUUUGAAAGAAAUUUUUAUCAAAAAGUUAAAUAUUUUCGUCAUCCUUUUUUAAAAUAUAUUUUUUUUAAAUUAUUUUUUUUAUUAGUGUGUACAAACUUUCUUCAUUUUUCUCCUAUCUGUAUAUUAAUAGUAAUAAAAAAAGAUACAUUUAUUGAUAUAUAAAAUGCAGGAAUGAAGCAGAUAGAGAUGAAGCCUUGAAAAAAAUCAAUGGUCAUGUCUGGAAAGGAAAGACAUUAGAAGCAAAGGUAACACUAUUCAUUUAAGAUAUAUUGGUGUAUGAUUUUCUGGCCAGUUUUACCAAAAUCAAAGUAGAGAUGUUUAGAUUUAUACAAAGUAACAAUAUAUGUUUCUGCGAUUAUCAAACAAAAAAAACAAUUUUAUGCAAAUACCAAUAAAAAUAUUGUAAAACAUCUGCUGGCAUUAUAUUAGAUUUUGAUUAAAAUAUACAGAUAGACGGAUUAUGGUGUAACAGUAUUUUUAAAAUGACCUGUUCAAAAGCUGACUUUCCUCUCUCAGAUAGCUAAACCUGCUGCAGAUCCUUAUUUACAGAAGCAACUUCAGGAAAAAGGUUCAAAGCUUUUGUUUUUAAGAUAUGACUUAAAUUUUUAAAAAUAUUAAUAAAAAAAUGUUAUAGAUACCCAAAUGGGUCAAAGUCUAAGCAAAUUUACACUGCAAAAGUAGUAAAAUUAUUAUUAUUAAACAUUAUUUGAUUAUGUAAACUGCAUUUAGCUCAAAUUAUUUUUAAUUUAGUUCAGCAAUAUUGCAUUAACUUUUUAAAACUAAAAAUCGGGAAAGGAUUCUUAAUCAAACAUAAUUUGCUUUUUCUUGUAGGUAACUGCAGUACUGAGAAAAGCUCCAAGUCUAAUUCAACUCAGGAGACUUUGCAACCAACAGCAGAAGAAGCUGAGACAAGGUAAAAUAUCUUGUUACUUAAAUUUAAAAAAAAAUUGUUUUAACUCUUUUAAAGUCAGAAAUUUUAACACAACAUACAUUCAUUAUAAAAUUAGCAAAUAUUUGCUCCAUUAAACAAAAAUAUAUUGACUCUGUAGCUUAAAUUAAGGCAAUGCUUCUAAAGCUUGAUACAAAAAAAGAAGAAAAAAAAGCCACUUUAAAAAUGGGGAUUUGGAUAAAUUUGGUUAAUUUUUAUUUUCAAAAGACUUGGCUACACAAAUUAAUAAACAGACAUAUUUUUUAUUGGAUCUGUAACUUAGCAACAUACAAAUACUACAGUUUUAUUAUUUAUUCUAUUCACAGACUAAGAGCUAAUGUCAUUCCACUUUGGGAUGUUGACUAUACAGAUCAACUACAGGUCUGCUUCAAAAACAAAUCUUUAUUUCUUAAAGCAGAGUUGAUCACUCAAAAAAGCAAACUAACAUUGUAUAAUUUAAAAUAUGUUCUUAAAUUAUUUUUGUUCCUUACAAAUUCUAUACAAAGAAAAGCAUUUAAAAAUAUUCCAUUUACAAAAGCUGAUUUCUGUUGUGUUCAAUGACAAUUUAAUAAGCUAAUUAUUUUAAAUAUUAUUGCAAUAAUUAUUUAUUCUCUAAAAAUAAAAAAAUAAAAAGAAUUUAUACAUUUCUCACAACAUUAAUUUUUAUUUAACUUGAAUUUUAAACAUUAUUCUUUCAGAUGAAAACGAAGCUAAUUCGAAAUAUUUUAGCGCGUGUUACUAAACAUCACUUUGUUAAACACAUGUUCGAAGACAGGUAAGUUGUACAAUUUAUGUAAAUCACUAUAUAAUAUUUGAUUUUUCAACUUAAAAAAAAAUUAGAGGCUGGAUUCCUCAUCCCAAAAUUGUUCUUUUAAAAAAAAAAAAAAAAAAACUUUCCUGAUUUACUACUACAUGGAAUUUAGGUAAUGUUUUCUUGCUAAAUUCUGAUUUUUAGCGCGUGUUACUAAAAAUCACUUUGUUAAACACAUGUUCGAAGACAGGUAAGUUUUAAAAUUUAUGUAAAUCACUAUUUAAUAUUUGAUUUUUAAAAUUAAAAAAAAAUUAAAGGCUGGAUUCCUCAUCCCAAAAUUGUUCUUUUAAAAAAAAAAAAAAAAAAACUUUCCUGAUUUACUACUACAUGGAAUUUAGGUAAUGUUUUCUUGCUAAAUUCUGUGAAAUUCUUUUAUGUGGCAUGUCAUAAAUUUCUUGUUUCAGGUCCAAGCAUGAUGGCCUAGCUUGUGAAUUACUUCCCAUUGUUCCUUCAGUAAGUGGCUAUUCAAUUAUUUUAUUACAGAACAUGAACUUUGUAGCUUUAAGUUAAGUAUUUAUGAAAUACCAUCUGGUACAUAGAUGGAAAGAUUAAGUAUUUUUUUAGAUCAAUAAGAUGAAUAAGAUCAAUAAAGAAAAUAAUAAAUAAUAUAUGUUUCUCCAGCCUAUCACAACAGAAUAUAGAAAUAAAAAUGAAUUCUCCAUAGGCUUUGGACUGGAUGGAAAAAGUAAGUUUCUUUACAAUACAGGAUUAACAAAUAAAAAUCCACACUGAAAAGCUUUGAUGUUGAGGUUGUUUUUAUUUGUAAUGGUUAUGGAUUAUUGGCCUCCCAUUAAGACCUGACAUUUUAUCGUCAUUACAUAUUGCUUUGUAUUAAAAUAGGUAUGUUCUGAUGGGUUAAAAAUGAUCUUAUCAAUAUUAUAUAAUUGAUGAUUUGGAUUUAUCGAUCAAUGUAUGAGGUCAAUUCAAGUGGAGCCUUCUCACCUUGCCUUCCAAAGUUCUCAGGCCAGGCACAGAUAUGGACUUCUGAGCUGUACGUCGCGAAGCUGUCUUCCCAGUAAUAUGUUGGGUGUAGAGUCCAAGGAACUUUUGGUCCAAUGUGAUGCAGCCUCAUGGUUUGGCAGGCGGAUGUAUAGCGCUGGGCGGACUCCUGGGAAUCAGGCCUCAUGCUUUAUCCUCCAAUCCAGCUGCUAAAAAGCGGUUGUGUCUUGCAAUAUGACAAACAGACUAUAUGUGAAAUGAUGUAAUAACAUGGAGGGAGUAAACUUACCCAAUAGUCAUAAGCUGACUUGUCCAUCUCGAACAACAGUGAAUUUAGAUUCACAUAAAGCUCAUACAUAAACCCCCAAUGUAUGGAUAACAUGCCAGUGCAUGUACAUAUGUCUAAAGGCAACAUAGGGCAAACGACUGUUUCACUUAUACUAACACAGUUAAAUAUUAUAAAUAAUACGUAUAUUGAUACAGUAUGUCCCACCGUCUUAUUAAUAGAUAAUCUAACAGUCUAAUUACUUUGCCAUCAUUAUGACUGGAUGAAGUUCAAAGAUUUAAAAAAAAUAUGAAAAUGGCCACCACCUGUCAGGCAUGGAGUCUCACUCCAUCCACAUAUUUUAAGGCAAAACCCAACGAGCAUAUUUAUUAUCUACCAAGAUGUUCAGAGUGUGACAUAAUUUUUUAAAGCAAUAUAAUUUAAAGUCACAAUAAAAUUGUAUUAAAAUAUAACAGUCGAAAUCAACGGCUCAAAACUCAUUAGGUAAAUGCCAGCUGAUCUUCUCACUGGAGGGACUCGCCAGUAUUUGUGUGGUGUGUUCCCUGAGUGUGUCGAGAACGGAAAAGAAUGGUCUACAGGUCAAAACACAGCAAAUAUCUGUGAUAGGGGUAUUUAUCACUGGCUAACCUAUUAAUCUUGAGGAUGAGCACGGCCGGUGAAAUAAGUCUUGCAAGAAUGAACAAAGCAAUGCGAUGUGAACUCACGCAAGGCAUGCGGGGGUGCGACUGAGAUGAGUUGGUGUCACACUUGAAUGUGCUAUGUGAGCUGGGCCAAGGAUUACAAGACUAACAUUAUAGAUAAUAACUCAUAGAAAAAAGUGUGGGUGGUGGUGGUUAGAUUCUAGCAAGGCAUGCUUACUGCACAACUGUAUAUACAUUUUGACAGUCCAGUCUGAUUUCAUAACAGAUGUAUUGUUUUCUCAAAAUACUUAAAAUGUAUAAUAUCUACUACUCUUUAAGUUUUCUUAAACAGUUACAUUUAUAUCAAUAAGCAAGAACUGACAAUUUUUAUAAAGAAAUAUUUAGUUAUAAUUAAUGUCUUACAUGUUAAAAAAAUGUCCUCAGCAAAAAUGGUUGGCUUUAGAUAUGGCUUGUACAAAGAUGGCACAACAGCUGUAGGGAGCUGUGAAAAUCUUGGAAUAGCAAUGCCUGCUGCUAUUCCAGUUGUCAAGGUAAUAGGCAUGAUUAAAUGCAAACUUUUAACUUGUUUCUAUGCUGGACAAAAUAAAAUAAGCAUUUUUGUGUCUACGGCUUGUUAUGCUUGAGAAUGAUUUAUGGUCUUCAAGGGUUGGGAGGGGGUGGGGGGGAUUAUCUGACAGAAACAUUUGGUACUAAUUUUUGCCUGUGAAUAGUUGAUGUAUGCAAUCUUUACAAAACAAAUGGCCUAAACACUGGUAAAGCUUUUAGCCUGUAUAAGUCAAUAAUAUGCAUUUUCUUAAAGUAGAAUCUUCUGAACUAUUUCACUGACUGCACUGGCCUCCAGACCACAAUUAGAAGAGUGCUCAGACUUGAAGGUGUUCAAAACUCAACAUAAUAAAACAUUAUUUGACAAAAAUAACUGAUGUUUUUUAAUCAACUUUAUACAUUCCUGUUACGCAUGGUGGUGUUGUCUGUCUUGGAAGUCUCCAAACCACAUGGUAAUAGGUAAUAGGUUUGAAUUUAUCCUCUGGGGCUGGGAGGAGAAGUUAAAAAUCUCUGAUUGACACACAGAUAUGUUAAGGCAUGUUGAAAAGUUUCAAACAAAUUGAAAUGAUCUUUUUGCAUGACAAGUAUUUUAUUUCAAUGUGAUUAAUCCAUUAUAAUUAGACAUUUAUACUUUCAGAGUUUUAUUGACUUUAUCACAGAGUCACAAUGGGAGCCUUUCCUUCAACAAUCGGGGACAGGACACUGGCAGACUCUGACAGUGAGAACACAACGAACGGGUGACGUCAUGGCCAUGGUUGACUUUAGUCCACGAAAACUGGAUCAGGUGUGUCCAUUAAUUGCCACCUCAAUUUUUAAAUGCUCUCAAUUCGGCAGAAAAAUCUUCAAGGUUGAAUAUUAUAGUGCAAUCGUACAAGUGCAACCAAUUCUUUACAUGAAUUCAAAAAAGGGUUUUAUAAAUGGAUGAAAUAAAAAGUUUAGCAUGAAAUAUGUUUAUUUCAGUCAGAAAUAGAUGCAGCAAAAAACUCCUUAAAAGAAUUCUUCACCACAGGAGCGGGCAAAGAUGUCUAUAUCAAGUCACUUUAUUUCAGGAUUUUGAGUGGCAAGUAAGUCCACUUUGUUCUUACAUUAUUGUAUGUAAAGUUUAAAGGCACAUUAAAUCAAUGAAAACAAACAUAAAACAAAAUUAAGUUAAUAAUAAUAGUUUUGAGAAUAAUGUCAUGUAUGAGAUAAAAACAUAUUUUCACAAGCAUUAUCAGAGAAUAAGGUUAUGGGAAGAAAUAUUGGAGAAAGCAUGAUAGAAGGGUGCUCUAGAUGUUAGUUCCUAAUGAUGGGCUCCCAAAAUAAAUCUUGCUUCCAUACAACUAAUGCUUGUACAUUAUGUUAUGAUGCUUAAUUCUAAAUAACUUUUUCCCCCCAUUUCAUAUUCCAGGGGCCAGAACACAAGAAAUAAUCUGGAAUUGUUGUUAGGAGAACCAGUAAGAUUUUUUAAUGUGUCCAUUGUUUUAAAACAUCUUCUACUUAGAUUAGACAUUUUACUUAUUUUUGUGCUCUUAUUUAUGAAUUGAUUAUCUGUUUAUUUAUAAAUAACUUGAUUCUAUAAAUAAAAAAACAAAUUGCAAAAGUAAUUGCAAUAAAAAUCCCUAAAUAUUAACUCUAAGAGACCAUUCAAAAAACAUCAAUUUAAAAUAAAUUUUGCACUUAUAAGCAUUUUAGAGUCCUUUUUUUCAAUUGCAACUCUCCUUAUGGGAAGAAUUCAAUUCUUUAAAAAAAAAUUGUUAAAAAGAAUUAUCAAUAACUUCUGGAGUUACUGCAGUCACAGCAAUUACUUAAAAAAAUAUAUAUUUAAAUUAUUAUUAUUUUUUUUUUGCACAUGAAAACUUAUACUAGAUGAAUGAUUGAAUGAAAUGUUUAACUCCAGAAUCUAAUUCAUCAGCAGGUCUUAAGUUUGUAUUUUAAAAAUAUUUUUUUAACCAUCCAAAUGUGUGCGUUUUUUUAAUAUUUUUGAUUUUGAGCAAUGUGUAAACAAUUCUUUAAAUUUCUAGCAUGUUUAUGAGUCAUUACUGGAAAUGAAAUUCCGUAUUUCUCCACAAGCUUUUUUUCAAGGUUAGUCAUUCAAGUUAUUGUGUGACGUGUGUCUUCCCUGUGAAUUUAUUUAAGAUAAGAUAAGAUUCUUUACUGAUCCAAAUAAAUGGAAAUGUUUUUUGAUGUUUUUUUUACAUAUUUUCUAUUAUUUUGUUUACUAAUCCAAAAAAAAUUUUUUUUUUUAAAGCACUACAUAUUAAAUAAACUUCCUAAAAAAUUCGCCCAUGUCAUGGCGUAUAAUUUCUAUAAUACUACUGUUACUCUCUUUUCCACAGUCAAUACACCAGCAACAGAAAAGCUGUACGAGUUGAUAGCAGAGUGGUGCAAUGCGUCCUCCUCUACCACUGUCCUAGACAUUUGUUGUGGCACGGGUACCAUUGGGCUGUCCAUGGCCAAGGUCUCCUUUUAUCAUUGUUAACUCUCUUAUUCACUAAUCUCUGUGUGUGCUAUGCCAAUUAGCUACAUGUUUGGUAAUAUUUGUGUUUGCUAAGCCAAUUAGCAACAUGAGGAUAUUGUUGUUUCUUAUUUUUUGAUAAACUUUGUGUAUGCUAAGCCAAUAAGCUACAUGCUGGUAUUCUGGUAUCUGAGAAAAUAUUUGUAGAACCAGAGGUGGAAUAACGGGGAGACAAAUCUAACGCAUGGCUAUUAAAUGUAUUCCUUUAUAAUUUAUAUUGAAUCAUGUAUCUUUUUAAGGGUAGAAAUUACAUGCCAUGGUUGAUAUCUUCCAUAGUUUUGUAAAUAAAUGUUUAAUAAUAAAAAAACCUUAACAAAUUUUAAGUAAUUUAAAGACAACAUGCAUAUUAUUAUUGGUUUAGUAAAAGUUCAUUACUUCUGAGACCUGUGUAUCUCCUUCGGAUUCUGAAAAGUAAUGAAAGAAAUAUUAUUUGAAAUCGCACCUUAAAAUACUGUCACUACUCAAAUAAAAGCAAAGAACCUACUAUAAAAGUUAUUCACUUUCUUCUAGACUUAUACACAAAAUAUAUGACUCAAUUUAAUUGACAAAAAGAUAUACUGAAUUUCCACCUAAAUCACUUUAAAUAGAAAUAAUGGAUAAUACCCUCAGCCUUUUUUUUCUUCAAUUUGAUAUUUUUUAAUUAUUUGUCUGCAAUUGAAAAUUUACAGACUUAAAAAAAUUCAUAAUCAUUUUAAGCAUUUUGAAGGUUUCUUUUUUAAAUUUAUAAUUUUUAUAUACUUUUUUCAAGAACAUUUUAUUUUAUCAUCCAGUAAUAGAUUUCAAUGGAGACACCUAAUCAAACUUAGUCCUUUUUAGUAUUAAAAAAUUUGUCAUAAAAAAAGAUUAAAAUUUUGAACACUUUCAAAAUGUUGAGAUUUCAGUCCGUCUUAGAGUAAACCCCCCCCCAAACCAUUGUCUGAAUCUACUACUGGAUAUACAUCUUUCAUUCUCAUUUAAAACUUUAUUUGUCUAACAUAUUUGACCAGAAAGUCAAGUCCGUCAUUGGAAUAGAGAUGUGCUCAGAAGCUGUUGAAGAUGCUAAAGCCAAUGCUUCCUUAAAUGGUGAGCAGUAGGUAGUUUUGAAAUGAUCUCUGUGCUUAAGAAAGUAAUUUAAUUUUGUCAGAACUACCAUAACUAUUAAGUUUUUUUUUUUAAACAAAAAUUAUUUUUACAAAACAGUGACCACAUGUACUCAAAAUAACAAAUCUACUGGCCCACAAAGCUGCAUCAUUCCAAACAGUUAAAAGUUCACAGCAUAUAUUGACUUGCAAAUUAUUCAUUUUUUCAGACAUCUGUAAUGCCACAUUUCAUUGUGCAAAAGUGGAAGAUAUUAUCUCAAAGGUGAUGUUAUCAUUGCAGUCAUCCAAUGAUGGACAGGAUAUAGUGGCUGUUGUUGACCCACCUCGUGCUGGCUUACGUGAGUAACAAAAUUAAUGUUCAUUAUUCUUAAACUUUUAUAAGUGCGGAAGAAAAAUAUAAAAAAUCACAUUACUUUUUAUUUGCCAAAAGUUUUUCUUAAAUUCGCAAAAGAAUUUUUUUUUUUUUAAAUUUUCAUGACAUUUACACGAAAAAUUAUUUAUUUUGCAUUUAAAAAAAAAAAAUUGUUUUUAUCUAGAAUUGUUCUUUCAAACCUUUUAUUUACAGACAAAGAUGUGAUUAAGAGUUUAAGGAAAUGUCAAGCUAUCAGACACUUGGUGUAUGUGUCAUGCAAUCCUGAGAGUGCUUUGGAUAAUUUUAUUGAGUGAGUAGAUUUAAGACGGUUGCUAAAAAUUUCACUUCCAACAAUCUUUAACACGUUACAUUUCUUUUGGGUGGGCUGUUAGCCAGCAGUGAAAUCUACUAAAUCAAUUAGUUCGAUUCGUAGACUUUUUAUUUUAUUUUUGAAAAAAACAUUCAAAAUUUUAAAAUCAUUUAGUCUCUCAAUAUGUGUUUAUAAUGUUUGAAACCAAUUUAUCUCCCAGCAUUAUUAGACCAGAGACUGGAAGACACAAAGGAUCUCCUUACAAGAUGGUUAAAGCAACACCUGUUGAUCUCUUCCCUGGCACCAAGCACUGUGAGCUGCUCAUUCUCUUCGCUAAAGCUGAUGCCAGCAAUGAUGUUCCAAUGACUGAUGCAAACACUGAUGUGAAUAUGGCUGAUGGUGCCGAGUCAAGCAAAUAACAUCACCAGACAGAGAGAGAGAGACAGAGCGAAAGAGAGCUAGAUUAGAGGAUUUUAAUAUAAAUUUUGUUUUCUUUAAGGCAGUGGGUCUAAACAAAUUUUUUUUACGGUCACCACCCCUUUUCCUUUCAUGAAAUAAAACUCAUGUUGAUGUU